GUGGCAGCACUUGUCAUUAUGUGACGUCAUUAUGGUCUGGUUGGGUUAGGUUUGAUUGGAAAUUUUUGUUAAAAUCUUGUAUUUUAUUAUAUUAGAUGUUGUGCUACUUAAUUUAGAUUAGUAAUAUAAAUACCUCAUAAAGUAGCGGUAAUUUUAACGCCAAGAUUAGUGUGAUUCAGAGGCGUAUCUUGGCGAAAAUGAAUCGCCAUGAAGGAGUCAGCUGUGAUUCUUGUUUGAAAAAUAACUUUAGAGGACGACGAUACAAAUGUUUGAUUUGCAUCGAUUACGACUUGUGUGCUGCAUGCUAUGAGUCUGGUGCCACUACAAAUCAACAUACCACUGAGCAUCCAAUGCAGUGUAUACUUUCCCGAAGUGAUUUUGAUCUCUAUUAUGGCGGAGAGGCUUUGGCAUUGGAACAACCACAAGCCUAUACAUGUCCAUUUUGCAAUAGAAUGGGCUUCACAGAUACAGGUUUAAUGGAACAUGUCACUUCUGACCAUAAUGACACCACCGUGGCUGUGGUGUGUCCAGUUUGUGCUUCUAUGCCUGGAGGAGAGCCCAAUUUUGUAACAGAUGACUUUGCUGGCCAUCUGACUCUUGAACACCGAAGUGGACCAAGGGAUCUUAUCUCAUUUCUUGAUGAACCGAGUGGUAUAAGGCACGGCGGAGUACGUCGAAUGCCGGCAUCCGGACGUGGCUUUCAUCGUCCCAGGCGCAAUAUGCAAUUCAGUAGCAGCGGUAUCUCGUCUCUCUCCCCAUCUUCCCGUGACGCGGUGGUGGAUCCAAUAGCAGAAUUGCUCUCCCAGUUGUCUGGCGUUCGGCGUGUGGCCGGUCAGCCUAACACGCCUAGCCAGUUACAACAACUGCAGAUGCAGUUGCAGCUUGAAAGGCAGCAGCAUGCGGCUCGGCAACAGCUAGAACGUCUCCCGCGUCGGCCAGCAAUGGCGUCGUCGAGCGCGAGCAAUUCUGCGCCGGCCACAGCGCAGCCGCCCUCACAGCCGCAGCCCACUGACAACACCGACUCGCAGUUCUUGCUCUCUGGAUUUCUAGGCGGCGCCGAGACCAGUGAAAGCGGGGAAGCAUCGUGCCGCGCGGCGUUGAUCCGUGGUCUGUUAAUGGCGUCACUGGGCCGUGUGCCACCCACAACUGUCCCUCCGAGGCCGGCACAGCCCACGCCUCGCGCCGAGCCCGAUGCCGCCCCGCCGCCCGCUCAGCCCCCUGAUACUCCCAGGCCCCAGCUGGCCGCCCCGGCACAGCCUGUUCCGCGCGCUAAGCCACAACCACGCACAAAGGAGGCGGUUGCUCGUACACACGGAGCAGCGAGGCAAAUGCCGGAGGGGAGGUAGAAGCGCGCCCGCCCAGCGCCGCCGCCCCCGCCCCGCUACCGCCCUGCCCUGCCCUGACCCGCCCUGACACAGGCAGGACAUUCCGGAACGUCUUACUCAAAUCGUUUCAGUGGGGCUAUUGUGUUAAUCAGUUAGACGAAUUCCGAUGGAUUCACUGUAUGCUGUGCUGCCAUUGGACAAUGACACACAAUGGCUGCACAUUCUGAGAUGAAUUUUCUAGUGGAUUCAAUAAGAAUUAACAGGAUACUGUUUUAGCAGUGUGUUUUUCUCUAUGAAGUUUGAGAUAUUCGACAGAUUUGAGUACGUUUUGCAAUGUGACAAAAACGCUCCCUAAUCUUAUCGGACCAUAGAGAAGACAACACGAUCUAAAGGGUAUUCAACGCUAGUUUUAGAAUUGUAAGAACAGAGAAAUUGUAAGAAAAAUUUCUGUAUUUGAUGCAAACUGCUGACAUUUUAAGACUGGUAACAGAUGUCCUGUUCAAAUGACUGGUUAAUUGCAGACUAAUAUUUAUUCAGAGAUUUUUUGAUUUUGAGGAAAAUUUUUUUAAAUUUUGCUAACUAACAAAGAUUCGGAAAUUGAUUUAAAUGUAAAUUAUGUAAUUAAAUUCUCUCAUACUGGUAUGUCCGCAAAGUUAGAUUUUUAGAAUUUGUUUUCCUUUUUUGAUACAUUGACUGUAUUCAUACUGGAAGUUGUCUGCUUACUGGUCUGGAAUGGGAUUCCUAUAAUACCUACUACAAGGUCCUAAUACUGAUACCCAUUAAUAUGGGUAUUAGGACCCUCACAAUAUUUUGCACCUUUAUUGUAUAACAGAAAGGUAUUUAUUUUAGGAUAUAUAUAAUUUGGCGUAUUUAUUUGUCGGUGAAUUAUUUGAAUGUAAAUUAGGGCUUAUACAAUACAGGUGCAAGCUUAGAGCUGUGAACCAAAAUCCGUCGUAAAAUAGUUGUUGUUAAUUCAGGCAAUGGGCAAUUAGUAAACAGUCGAUGUCGUUAUUCCCAUAUUUUGGGAAAGGCAGUUAAGGUAAGUGAGUGCCGUCAGGGCAGACUAAGGGCGAAAGGACCGAUCCGGGCCUCGCCACGGGCGCUGUCCGUUGUAAAUAGGGAGUUAGGGAGUCACGGGUCAGACCGGUGACGUGUCUACCGGAUUCUUUGUUGUUUUUCGCUAACACUUAUUAGUGAACGCUUCGUUGUGUUCGUUUUGUUGGCUUUCAAAAUAUCAGUGUGAUUUCAUUUAUUAGAGUAAAUAGUUAUGGAAUGUUUUAAUCGAUUUUUAAAAUAAGAACGAACAUUAGGUACGGUCACGUUAAUAAAAUAAAGAGGAGUCUUCACGAACGAUUUAAGGUAAUGCUUUUGUAUAUAACACUGUUGAAAUCCGACUGCAGUAUUUUUUUCUCGUAUGGGUUAAAAUAUUCUUAUUAUUGUAAUUAGAAUAAAACAUAGAUGUAUUUUUAUAACAGCAUAGUUCAAGCAUCGCUAUUUUAACACUGACUCCUCUCUUAAUAUAAUUAUUAUAAUUACUGAACAGAUGUGAAACUACUUACACUCAAAUUGUCACUAGCUACGAAAGUGCUUAUUAGUUUGAUCAUUAUACUCCAACAUUACAAAAAGUUUGUAUGUACCCUAAUUAAAUUCUAUAAUAAUAUUA